AUGCAUGUGAUUUUACCUCUCCUGCACGCAGCACCUGCAUCAUCCACCUUGCCCACACCCACUCCCAGCACGAAAACAGACAAUGAUAAAGCCGUGUUGGGGAUUCUGGGUUUUCUAAUCAUCGUCACAUCAGUCGCCCUCUUCUUCGUUCUCUUCAAAAUCUACAAUCUGCGCAAGUCAAGGGCAUGCUCUUAUCUCCUCCCAGACCCGCUACUCACAGUGGAACCCAUCACAGCCGACAAUCUGCUGGAUACCUACAAGAAGAAAAUCGCUGAUGAAGGUCGACUUUUCCUGGCCGAAUUUCAGAGCAUACCAAGAAUUUUCAGCAACUAUACCAUCAAAGAGGCGAAAAAACAAGAGAAUCAGCCCAAAAAUCGCUACGUGGAUAUUCUGCCCUACGAUUAUAACCGUGUUCAACUGUCUCCCGGAGGUGGACACGACUAUAUCAACGCAAGUUUCAUUGAUGGGUACAAGGAGCCCAAGAAAUACAUCGCUGCCCAAGGACCCAAAGAUGAAACCGUCGGAGAUUUCUGGAGAAUGGUGUGGGAGCAACAGGCCUCUAUCAUCGUCAUGGUUACGCGUUGCGAGGAGGGAAACAGGAACAAAUGUGCCCAGUACUGGCCGUCCAUGGACAGAGAGACUGAGAUAUUUGAUGAUUUUGUCGUGAAGAUUAAAAAAGAAGAUAGCUGCCCAGAUUACAUCAUCCGUCACCUGACCAUAACCAACCGGAAGGAAAAAUCAGCGGAGAGAGAGGUCACUCAUAUCCAGUUCACCAGCUGGCCCGAUCACGGGGUACCCGGGGAACCCCACCUUCUCCUCAAACUGCGUCGCCGGGUCAAUUCAUUCAAUAACUUCUUCAGCGGACCAAUCGUGGUACACUGCAGUGCUGGGGUGGGCCGUACGGGCACGUACAUUGGUAUUGACGCUAUGAUGGAGAGUCUAGAGUCAGAGAACAGAGUGGAUAUCUACGGAUACGUGGUCAAGCUCCGUCGGCAACGAUGCCUCAUGGUCCAAGUUGAGGCUCAGUACAUCCUGAUCCACCAGGCUCUGAUUGAGUAUAACCAGUUUGGAGAGACAGAGGUUUGCCUGUCAGAGUUACACUCCACCCUCAACAGACUCAGACAGAAGGAUUCUGAAAGCGAACCUAGCUGUCUUCUGGAGGCUGAAUUUCAGAGACUUCCAAAGUACAAGAACUGGAGAACAUUCAACACAGGCAGCAACGAGGAGAAUAAAAAGAAAAACCGUUCCUCCACAAUCAUUCCAUAUGAUUACAACAGAGUACUGGUCAAAAUAGAGGAGGACCCAACCCAAGACAGUGAACAGGAAGACGAGGAUGACUAUUCCUCUGAUGAAGAUGACGAGGACUCCACCAAAUACAUCAACGCCUCUUUUAUCGAUGGUUAUUGGUGUCCAAGGGGUCUCAUUGCAGCUCAGGGCCCUCUUGCAGACACUGUUGAAGACUUUCUGCAAAUGGUCUAUCAGAAAAGAGUUAAAACUAUCGUCAUGCUAUCGGAAUGCACUGAGGACGGCAAAGAGUUCUGCUCUCAGUACUGGGAUGACGAGAAGAAAACAUUUGGGGAAAUGGAGGUUACGACGAAAGAGUGUGAAACCGCCCCAACACAUGUCAGACGCCACCUCGAGCUACGUCAUGCCAAGAGGAAAGAAGUUGUGGAGGUGGAACAGUAUCAGUUUCUGAAGUGGUCUGGACGGGACCUUCCAGAAAAAACCCAGGACUUGACUGACAUGAUAAAGAAUAUCAAACAAAAAGGUGGCUAUGGAAACAGCAAAAGUGGGAGGAGCAAUCCCAUCGUGGUUCACUGCAACGAUGGGUCUUCCCGUUCCGGAGUGUUCUGUGCGCUGUGGAACAUUAUGGACAGUGCAGAGACAGAGAAACUGAUCGAUGUGUUCCAGGCGGCGAAAUCCUUGCGCCGGGAAAGACAAGGAAUGCUAACCACUUAUGAGGAGUAUGAGUUCCUAUACCAGGCGAUAGAAGCUGUUUUCCCGGUGCAGAAUGGAGACGCCAAAUUGCCUACUGCCUCAGCCCAGGACACCGUACAGAUUGUCAGUGAAGUGUCAAAAGAAGCCACAGAGUCGACUGCUAGCAAUACCAAUGCCGUCCAGCAGGAGGAGCCAGCCGCAACAUCAGAGACGGGCGAAAAAGAGGAUUCGGAGAACAGCACACCAGCAGCUGAGGAGAAGAAAGCAGACGCUGAUUCGGAUGCAGCUAAAACCUCCGAGUCAGCAGAGGGCAGCAGCGAGAACAAAACCCCAGGCUCAUCUGAGAACACCACUAAUGGUCCAACUGUUACAGUGGAAAUCUAAUUUCGUAUUAUGUUUGAUGAUGAGUUUAAAGUGUGUCGGAGUUGUUGUCUGCGUCAGAAAUAUGUAAAGAUUUAGUUUAGCUUUCUAAAUUGAGGAUUAUAGUUCUGCUUUUAAUUUUUUUUCUUUUUCAAGUUUAUGAAUGUAUUGUA